AUGAGUGAAGAGCCGUGAAAAUCUCUUCAGCAUCUCCUCUCUGCUACACCCAUUUCCUCUGAAUUUUUAUAUCUUUUACCCUCAAACGUCCAUUUUGUUACACUUGUUCUUUGAUUUCCACAGAAAAUUAUGAAGGACAAGUUGGUGAAUAACCCUCUGCAGCUCAAGUCUUUGAAUCACAUCUCGAUUGUUUGUAGAUCACUUGAGAAAUCUCUCCAUUUCUACCGAAACGUUCUUGGGUUUUUUCCUAUCAGGAGGCCUGGCUCCUUUGAUUUUGAUGGUGCCUGGUUGUUCAGCUAUGGCAUUGGCAUUCACCUACUGCAAUCUGAAGAUCCUGAGAACAUGCCCAAGAUUAGGCAAAUUAAUCCCAAGGACAACCACAUCUCUUUCCAAUGUGAGAACAUGACAACAGUGGAGAAAAUAUUGAAGGAUAUGAAGAUAGAAUACGAGAAGAGAAGAGUUCAAGAGGGUGUAAUCUAUAUAGAUCAGAUAUUUUUCCAUGACCCAGAUGGCUUCAUGAUAGAAAUUUGCAACUGCGAGGUUCUUCCUGUGAUUCCACUGGCUGGAGAGGCAAUUCACUCUUGCUCACUCAUGAACUGCAAUAUCCAACAGGAGCAGAAGAAGCAGAUUCAACAAGCUGUACCAAGGAAAACGAACACUUCUACGCCUAAUAUGCACCUGCAGGAAGAUUAUCUUCAUUGUGCUUGAUCUCUCUACAGUUGCAUACUGAAUUUUGGUGGUCCAGCUCCAACCCAGUUACUAGGCUAGUAUACAUACGGACUUGGACCAUGAUCGAAAGUGUUUGUUAAGACAAACUGCAGAUGUCGAUUAGAUGUAGUAUUCGUAUAAUUAUCAACCAUGAGCUGUAUAUACUUAUUAUUAUCAAUAUUGGAUUUCUUAUAAAAGAAGCAA